UUCACCUUCAAAGAUGCAUAGGCAUCUUGAUGCUGGCAUUCCCUCCAGCUCCCAUGCACUGCCCUCUUUUUCAUUCCCAAAUUUCUUAUACAAGUAGCCCAUGCUUGCUGCCUCCACAUUCUCCCCACCCCUCUUUCUGCAACCCCUUCCAAACGGAACCCAAGCACCGCCUCGCCUGAUCCCUUUCUCUCCAAGGUCACUGAAGAUUUGUUUCCCAAUAGCCAACUCUGACCUUUUCUGUCAUCACUCUAUUUGACCAUUUUGUAUCAUAUUAGAAUCCCUCCAACUUCAAGGUCCAUGUCAGUUAUAAUCUCCACUGGCUUCUUUCAUUCCUUUAUUUUUAAAUGUUCAAAUUCCCUGAAGUUGUACUCUCAUUUACCCUGUUGUUCUUUUCCUCUACAGUGACCCUUACACCAGAAGCUGCAAAUUGCUGGCUAUGUUCUGCCCUCAGAAAUGUUUUGUUUGGCCCUUACCUGCACGGAAACUCUCACUGACUCCACAAUGCCUGGCAGAUAAAGUCCAAAUUCCUUAGCUUAACAUUUAAGGCCCUGACCAGCCUGACCUUUCUAUGUCCUCUGGGGUUAAGGGACUCCCCAUUUCCAACUCCAGGACAUCUAACUAACUCCUUGUUUUCCAAAGUAAUUGGAAAGAGACAGCAUGAAUGCUUCAAAAUUAAAAAUAAUAACUAUCAUUUGGGUUAAGGGCCCCCAAAUUUUCUCUGUCAUCAUCAGAGUUGAUCUUAGGCUAAAGACUGAAAACGCGAUUUUUUUCUAUCCUCUCUCUGGGGCAGUGUAGCAUAUGGUUAGAUUGCUGAGGUUAGUUAGAUAGUUUGGCUCCACUAAUUAUUAUGGCCUGUGUGCCUUUGGGCAAGUUUCAAACCUUUCCCUGACCAGGUUUCUUUUUUUGUAAAAAGGGAAUAAAGCAUCUGCUUUAUGGGAUUAAGGAUUAAACUCAGUAAUGUAUGUAAACUGUUUAAACACCGCAGUUAGCAGAUGGCCAGUAAAUGGUACCCAUGAUUAUUUUUAUUAUUGCUGCUUCACCUCUAAGCAUAUCAUACAAUUCAUUGAAGUCAUUAUUAGAGCACGGAUUGAAUGGGAGUCAGGCCUGGACCCCUAACAACAUGGGACCUCGGGCAAAUCCUUUCUUGGGCCGCGGUUUCUUCACCUGUAAAAUAUGGGUAUGUUGCUGGGAUGGGGAGGGUGCACCAUGUGCAGAUUAGACUAGCAGAUCUCUAAAAUUCCUGACAUCUCUAAAGCCCCAUGGGGGUGAGCCCCUGUUUCCCUCACAGGGCAGUCCAAUCUUAUCUCCCAGAUAGGCAGAUCCGAAUUCUGAAUCCUGAUCUUUUUUCUUGACCAUAAGGAAUUCACCCCUCUUUCAGCCUCAUUUUCCUUGCUUGUAAAACAACAACAAACAAAACAGUUUUUAAAAACAAACAAAUGAGCUACUUCCUUCCUAGCAGUGUUUCCGCAGGCACUAAGCUAACAGUGGACGCUCCAGCCUUCUUUCUGCUUCUAAGCUGCUCAAUCAACUCCUGCCCCCGCCUCCCCGCCCGCUGCCUGUAACCUUCUCUAAACAGGGUCAAGUGCUUUAGCUGAGUCCUGCACUUUGUAUCAUAAACACGAUCCACAAGCAGAGUUAAGCGUGAAGGGCGGGUGCGGGGAGGCUGAGGAAUGAAUGGAAGCGACCUGGGAAUGCACGCAGCUCAGGCCCCGCCCCCAGACGCGACGCGCCCCGCCCAGCCCCGCCCAGCCCCGCCCAGCCCCGCUUUCCGACACCUGGUGGGGCAGGACCUGCCUUUGCCUCUCUCCCACCCUUCAAAUCCCGCUCCACUGCUGGACUCCCGUGAGAUCUGCGACUUGCCCCGGAAGACCCGCCCCCUGCGCCGUGGAGGCCAAUGGGCAAGGGCGACGGUUGCGACAGUUGGGUUUUGAAGGAGCCAAUGAGUGCUCGGAGCGGAGAGUUUAAGAAGCGUAAAUCCGCACCGCUAAGGUCGGUCUGGGAUCCGAGCCUGCUUUGAGCUGACGCGGGCAGCCCUCUCCCUCCAGACACUCCCAUGGCCCAGUUCGUGUUCGAGAGUGACCUGCACUCGCUGCUGCAGCUGGAUACACCCAUCCCCAAUGCACCCCCUGCGCGCUGGCAGCGCAAGGCGAAGGAAGCCGCGGGGCCGGCCCCCUCGCCUAUGCGGGCAGCCAACCGAUCCCACAGCGCCGGCAGGACCCCGGGCCGAACUCCCGGCAAAUCCAGCUCCAAGAUUCAGACCACUCCCAGCAAACCUGGCGGUGACCGCUAUAUCCCCCAUCGCAGUGCUUCCCAGAUGGAGGUCGCUAGCUUCCUCCUGAGCAAGGAGAACCAGCCCGAAGACAGUCAGACGCCCACCAAGAAGGAACAUCAGAAAGCAUGGGCUUUGAACCUGAACGGUUUUGAUGUGGAGGAAGCCAAGAUCCUUAGGCUCAGUGGAAAACCACAAAAUGCCCCAGAGGGUUACCAGAACAGACUGAAAGUACUCUAUAGCCAGAAGGCCACGCCCAGCUCCAGCAGGAAGACCUGCCGUUACAUUCCUUCUCUGCCAGACCGGAUCCUGGACGCCCCUGAAAUCCGGAAUGACUACUACCUGAACCUUGUGGAUUGGAGCUCUGGGAAUGUACUGGCUGUGGCUUUGGACAACAGUGUGUACUUGUGGAGUGCUAGCUCUGGUGACAUCCUGCAGCUGCUGCAAUUGGAGCAGCCUGGGGACUAUAUAUCUUCUGUGGCCUGGAUCAAAGAGGGCAACUACCUGGCUGUGGGCACCAGCAGUGCUGAGGUGCAGCUAUGGGAUGUGCAACAGCAGAAACGGCUUCGAAACAUGACCAGUCAUUCUGCCCGAGUGGGCUCCCUCUGUUGGAAUAGCUAUAUCCUGUCCAGUGGCUCUCGCUCUGGCCACAUCCACCACCAUGAUGUUCGGGUAGCAGAACACCAUGUGGCCACAUUGAGUGGCCACAGCCAGGAAGUGUGUGGGCUGCGCUGGGCCCCAGAUGGACGACAUUUAGCCAGUGGCGGCAACGAUAACUUGGUCAACGUGUGGCCUAGUGCUCCUGGAGAAGGUGGCUGGGUUCCUCUGCAGACAUUCACCCAGCAUCAAGGGGCUGUCAAGGCUGUAGCUUGGUGUCCCUGGCAGCCCAACGUCCUGGCAACUGGAGGGGGCACAAGUGAUCGACACAUUCGUAUCUGGAACGUCUGCUCUGGGGCCUGUCUGAGUGCUGUGGAUGCCCAUUCCCAGGUGUGCUCCAUCCUCUGGUCUCCCCACUACAAGGAGCUCAUCUCAGGCCAUGGCUUUGCCCAGAACCAGCUGGUUAUUUGGAAGUACCCAACCAUGGCCAAGGUGGCUGAGCUGAAAGGUCACACAGCCCGGGUCCUUAGUCUGACCAUGAGCCCGGAUGGGGCUACAGUGGCAUCAGCAGCAGCAGAUGAGACCCUGCGGCUGUGGCGCUGCUUUGAGUUGGACCCUGCCCGGCGGCGGGAGCGGGAGAAGGCCAGUGCAGCCAAAAGCAGCCUCAUCCACCAAGGCAUCCGUUAAGGACCAACUAAUCUCAGUUUUUUGUGCUUUUUUUUUUUUUUUUUUUACUUUUCUAAUAAAGUCACGUCUCCCUCUUC